AUGCCUGGAGACAGAGAUGACGAGAUUUGUCAAAAAGCACUUGAACUCCUCUCAGAUCUUUGUUCCAAAGGGGAAGUACAGAGCGAAAACUGCUUGGAUUUCAUUUACUAUUUCCGUGAUCUGGCCAGGCCACGCUACACGGACUCAGAUGUGUCGGUGAGUCUGCUGUCAUUGGUGGUGACAGCCUGUGGCUUGGCUCUUUUUGGGGUCUCCCUGUUUGUGUCUUGGAAACUCUGCUGGAUACCAUGGAGAGAACGUGGUCUGUCACCCACGACCAAGGAGCCUCACAGUGGGCACCUCAACCCUGCCAUGAGUCCUUUGCCCUCACAGCCAGUUCCGAGGCAGCCGGUUUACACGGCCGUGGACCCGCCGGCCCCUGCACCGGAGGCAGCCAUGAAGAUCAGUCACACAUCUCCAGACAUUCCACUCGACGCCCAGGAAAAAAGUCGUGAAAACGGGGUUCAUACUACUCCUCGGAUUCAGAGACAGACUACAGAGCCCCCACCCUCCGGGCACUCCAUCUCAAUACGCCGGCAUAUGAACCUGUCAAACCCAGACUUCAAUGUGGCUCAAUUCCAAAGGCAGGACUCACUCACCGGAAUGGGACUGGGCCUCGGACGCCUCAAACCUGAGCUCUACAAACAACGUUCUCUGGAAGGGGACGAUGGAAGUCACAGAGGCGGAGGAUGUGGGUGCCUUCACCUAAUCCUCAGGUUUGACUGUGACCUAGAGCAGUUGAUUGUUAAGAUCCACAGAGCAGAGGAUCUCCCAGCCAAGGAUUUCUCUGGAACCUCUGACCCUUAUGUUAAGAUCUACCUACUGCCUGAUCGGAUGACCAAGCAUCAGACAAAGGUGCACCGCAAGACAUUAAACCCUGUGUUUGAUGAGGUCUUCCUAUUUCCUGUGGCCUACUCGGAGCUUCCCACACGCAAGCUGCACUUCAGCGUCUAUGAUUUCGACCGAUUUUCACGCCAUGACAUUAUUGGCCAAGUGGUUGUGGACAACUUCCUGGAUCUGGCAGAUUUCCCUCGGGAGACAAAACUCUGUCGGGAAAUCAAAUAUGUCUCCACGGAUAACGUGGAUCUGGGUGAUCUAAUGUUUUCUCUGUGUUACUUACCAACUGCCGGGAGACUGACCAUCACAAUGAUAAAGGCCCGCAAUCUAAAGGCCAUGGAUAUUACGGGUGCAUCUGAUCCAUACGUGAAGGUUUCACUUAUGUGUGACGGCCGCAGACUGAAGAAGCGGAAGACUUCCACAAAGAGGAACACUUUGAAUCCAGUCUAUAACGAGGCCAUUGUUUUCGACGUUCCCCCUGAGAACAUAGAGCAAAUCAGCUUGUUGAUUGCAGUGAUGGAUUACGACCGAGUCGGUCAUAAUGAGGUCAUCGGUGUGUGCCGGGUGGGCAACGAUGCGGACAACCUUGGUCGCGACCACUGGAGUGAAAUGCUCACGUACCCCCGAAAACCUGUUGCCCACUGGCAUCCUCUUGUUGAGUGGGUAUGCCAGGGGACCACAGGUAGUAGCCAAGGAGGAUCCUGUAAUUCUCUGAAGGCACCUCCUUCUCCAUAA